AUGUCAUAUCUUAAGCAAGUAGUAGCUAUCAGGAGGAAGCCUGGUCUAACUCGACAGGAGUUCUUCGAUUAUCACUUCCAGGUUCACGGCAGGCUCAGUCAUGGACCUUCGCCAGAGGUCACUCCAUCAAAGUAUUUCCAGACCCAUAUUCAAGAUGCCGUGUACAAUCAUCAAGAAGGCCAAGGCGUCAACGCCAACCCCUGGUGGGCAUUUUCUGACGACAUCGUUGAGCUUUACUUCCAAUCUGAAGACCAUAUGAAGAUGUGUUUCACCUCGCAAUAUGCCAAAGAGCAUGUGGGUCCGGACGGCGUCAACUUCUCCGACUUUGCGUCAGCAUUGCCCGUCUGUGUUCAGGAAAGGGUUGUUCCGCUCCACGAGUCGGUGAACGCGGCAUCUGAAGACAUUGAUACCUUAUCGAUCUCACCUGUCGCGAUGUACUACUUAAAUGUGACCGGCGGCGACACCGAAGACAUCAUUACGGGUUUCGUGAAAAGCUUGCAGAAGUUCGCAGGGAACCAUGUCCGCACGCUUGUUGCGAACACUCCAGUAGAGCUGAGCGUCAACCCAGAUGCGUAUUUUGGGAGCAAUCCAAACCGUCCGAAAUUCAAUUUAAUCUUCACAAUCCAUCUACGAAGCAAGGAUAACGUCUCGGAGGUGAGGAAAGCCCAGAAGGAGUUUGAGGCAGGUUAUGGGGCCAAGAUCAGUCUCCCGAAUUCCUGGAUCGCCUUUGGUCAACGGGGCCUAGUUCUCGACCAGGAUAAAAACAUCCAGUUUGACCUAUCCCGUCAGCCCAAACUGUAG